CAUCGCGUCGCAGUAUCCAGGGCGGGAUUGUAUAUUCCUUCACCACUUCUGUUUGUGAAGAUGUUGCUGCAUUGCUACCAAUGUCUGAUCCCUGCUUGCAUUUGUGCUUCGGGAACUCUACGUGACUGUGUGUCUCUGUAAGCGACCAGAAGACGAAGAAACGAGGAGGAGGUGAAGGAAUACGCGCAUUUGGGCUGAAGAGUAGUAGCGUGUCUGUUUUCUUGGAGUGUCUUAGUGUUGAUGCUGUUCUCGUAGAUUGAAAGUAUUGCAGUUGGCUCUCCUUGCUCUGCUCUUUUUUCCAAUCCCUCCUUGUCUUACAGUUUUUUGGAAUUUGCCUUCCCUUUUUGUUUUGUUUUGUUUUUGUUUUUGUUUUUUUUCUUUUUCUUUUUUGGUUUUGGUUUGUCUGGUUUCGGGUUUUGCCCCACCGACGAGGGGAUCUUGAGUCGAGACUUGAAGGCCUGCAUUGUGGCGCAGUCUUAGUUGGUUGGUGGUUGUAUGGGAGUUGGGGAGUGUUUGUGGUGGGUGAAGUGAUCUGGGGUUGGGUUUCAGGGUCAUCGCAUAUGUGGGUAUGUGGGUUGGGUUAAGAGGUUGCUCUUGGUUGGGGAUUCUGUGUUAAAGUGGUGGUGUGGGUUUAGGAAUUUCGGGGUAUUUGUGAAGUUGAGAGCAUGGGGGCGACGACCAUAGGAAUGAUGGACGCGGCCUACUUUGUGGGUCGCAACGAGAUUUUGAGCUGGGUCAAUAACACGCUAGAGCUGUCGCUGAGCAAGGUGGAGGAGGCGGCUUCGGGGGCGGUUUACUGCCAGCUGAUGGAUGUGGUGCACCCGGGGAUGGUAUCCAUGCACAAGGUUAGCUUCGACGCGAAGUCGGAGUAUGAGAUGAUACAGAACUACAAGGUGCUGCAGGAUGUCUUCAACAAGCUGAAGAUCGGGCGGCAUAUCGAGGUGAGCAAGCUGGUGAAGGGGCGACCCCUGGACAACCUGGAGUUUCUACAGUGGAUGAAGCGGUACUGCGAUCAGAUCAACGACAAUCAGGUGAAUUCCGCGUAUAAUGCGGCGGAGAGGAGGGAGGCGUGCAAGGGAGGGAAGGAGACUAACAGGCGGGCGCUGGGGAUGGGCUAUAGUAGCCAGAGCAGCAACAAGCCUGCAUCCAGUGCGAGUGUGAAGGCGAGUUCUGGUGCAGCCCGGCGGGUGACCACUGAGAACAUGAACCCGAACAUGAAUGGAAAUGGAAGAGGUGGUGGUUCGGCUGGAACGAAUGUGAAUGCGGCGAAGCACAUGAAGGAUCUUGGCAAGGAGCAGGUGUCUGCUGUAAAUGAGGAUUACGUGAAGCAGAUCACAGAGCUGAAGCUGUCGGUGGAGAGUCUGGAGAAGGAGCGCGACUUUUACUUCACGAAGCUGCGCGACAUCGAGAUUCUAUGUCAAGCUCCGGAGCUGAGCCACAUACCGGUUGUUAAGGCUGUGCAAAGAAUUCUAUAUGCAGCAGAGGACGAGCCCUCGGUGAUAGCUGAGGCGAAAGCCAUGAUGGAGGAGUCGGAUCGGGACAUGCUCUCACCAGGAUCUCAAAACAUGGACGAUAAUAAUGAUUUUUUAGGUUAGUGCUGGCGACUCUCUAGCAUUCGCAGCCAAGGAAUCAGCAUACGAGUGCCCACUUUGAACACAUGGAUGCCGCCUCGCGUGCCAGAGUUUCUCAGGCGUGCAUAUCAUUUCCUCCUGUUCGCAGCGGCCUGUCCAGACUUCUAUCAGGCAUAUUGAUCUCGAAUUUUGCUCAUUUACUAUUUGAAUUAGUGGUGUAGUGUAGUGUAGUGUGAUGGCCAUGGGUGACCUUUAGACACGAGCUGUUGGCCUGGAUCUCCGUUCAGAGGCUGCCGCUCUACACAGUCGGCCAACAACAGGAUAGACUCUGUAAAGAAAUUGUACGGUAGAAGUAAGUGGCAUUUUCAGUCUUAAUGUCCUUGAUGGUUAAAGUCCUUGAAGGUUCCAUGUUAAGAGCUGGACAUGAGAAGAUCGUCAAAGUAUGAACACUGGAAGGCUUGUUUCAUCUUACUUGAGGGAGUCGUGUUAAUUGCACAUAAGAUGAACUGUUGGUUGGAAA